AUGCCUCGCGGCGUUCCAAAUGCAAAGAAAGAUGACUUGGGAAUGCGCUUUACAACUUUCCAUGCGCCUCUGCAAGCUAACACAAAACUCACGGCUUCGAGUUACCUGAAGUACGAAGCGCAGUCUGUCUGGACACGCAAUGCCGCGCGUGCGAAUAAAAAUCGAAUAUCUGAAGAGCUUGGUGUCCACGAAGGACGUCGUGGUUCAAAAAUCAUUGUUAUUCAUCCUGGUUCCCGUUGGUUGCGUAUUGGCCGUGCGGCGGACGUGGUACCAGUCGCAGUUCCACAUGUUAUUGCACGCAGAGUCCGUAAUCCACCCGCCACACCACCUGCCCCUCAACUCUUCAUCAAACACCCAAAGAAAGGCAAAGAGCCGGAUGGCACUCCUCGAGAUGAUGAUGCCGAAGUGGGUACAACGACAGAAGAUUCGGUUGAAACAAACAUCGCUCCCAUUGUUACAGCACUUCGUGAUCGAAUGCGAUUCUACAAGCUACGCGUUGUAUCAAAUGCGUCAAAGGUCGCGUUGACUUUCAAUGGACAACUGGAAGGCGAAGAGUCGCCGAAUCCUGAUCCACCAGCCAGGAGUCCACCAGCGCAAGAUGUUCUGGUUGGAGAAAAGGUCUUCGAUCUUCCGAAUGACGAAUAUUCCAUUGGGUAUGCGGUUCGGUGGCCAAUUUACGCCGGACGGUUCAACUCGAGGGACUAUAAGUCUCACCAGAGUGUACUAGGUGACAUCGAAGAAAUCUGGAGAACUGUGCUGGUGGAGAGGCUGGGAAUUGACCCAAAAACUUUCACGGAAUAUUCUGUUGUCCUCGUUAUUCCUGACGUAUGGGACAGAUUCUACGUGCAUGAACUCAUUAAUAUGUUACUAUCUACGUUAGGCUUCAGACAGAUAGUUUGCCAACAAGAAUCUCUUGCAUCAACAUACGGUGCUGGCAUCUCGAAUGCCUGUGUAAUUGAUAUGGGCGCAGUAAAAACAAGUGUUUCGUGUGUCGAUGACGGGCUCGUGCUCGCAGAUACGAGACUUUCCUUGUCUGUGGGAGGCGACGACGUCACAGAAUUUCUUUCUGUUCUUUUGGACCGAAUAAGCUUCCCCUACAAGGAGCUUGAUCUUACAAGAAUGCAUGACUGGAUCGUUAUGGAAGACCUCAAGUGCAGAAUAUGUACGCUGAACGAGGCCGAUGUAGCUUUGAACCUCUACGAUUUCUGGGUACGCCGGCCGGGCAAGAGCCCGAUGAAGUACGGCUUACGGGCUUACGAUGAAGUGAUCAUCGCACCAAUGAUUCUCUUUGAUCAGCGCGUUGUCGAUGCUGAGCGCAAGCGAGAUCUAUUGAAACAGUCAGGAAAUCCGGAUAUUUCUGAUGAGCUGGUUGAGUACAUACAAGACCAAGUGACGAAUGCCAUGCUAAUUUCGACUCAGCAUCUUAUGCCACAACCACCCCCAUCGACGUUAGCAGCACCAUCCGUUACGGCAUCCGGUGCGGUCACUCCACAACCUCUUGAAGGAGCUCCCGCCUCGAGGACCAAUGAGACGAAGAGUGAGGAGGCCCCAGUUCAUAAUGAAGGCGUGAAGACCGAGGGUAAGUCGGACGUCAUUGACGUGGAUAUAGAGAUGCUGGAUGCGGAGAUGAAAGAUAAGCCGGACGAGUCGUCCACCAAGUCCCCCCCAGCGGAACAGGACCGGCCUCCCGAACCGACGGAUCCUCCUCCCCAACAAGAGCAAGGUCAACCUGACGGAAAGCAGGACAUAACACCAACGCCAAAUGAACCUUCUGCAUCUUCGACGCCUGCUGCAGCAGACGCGAUAGUAACGACAAAUGCUGCCACUCCUACGUCAUCCCAACCGCUUGCACAACCGCAAGUCUUCCCUGGUGGUUACCCUGUUGACGUUCCUUUUGAAGCUAGCAAAUUACCCCUCGACGUCGCCGUAUAUAAUAGUGCACGAGCUGCAGGCGGUGACGACCGCAUCCGCAAGUAUUUGCAGGCUGUACUCGUGGUAGGAGGUGGAGCAUUAACUCCCGGAAUAGUGCAUGCUUUGGAGAGCAGGCUUCAGGCUAUUGCUACUCCGCUUGUUCCUCACAUGGAGAAAGUGCAGAUCAUUCCACCACCAAAAGAUACUGACCCACGUAUGCUGGCGUGGAAGGGGGCUGCUGUGCUCGGCAAGAUGGACGCUGUUGCUGACCUUUGGGUUACUGCCGCCGACUGGGAUCUCUUUGGAAUGCGAGCUUUGAAGGAACGCUGUUUCUACUUACAGGUCUAGGCAUUGGAGUUGAUUUUCAGUGUGUCGGACUUCGACACUCAUGCAUUUGUAUUGUAUCUGGCAUCUUCAUCUCAUGUAUCUGGUAUAAUUUGUAUUUUGUCGGGUAUGAGUCGGAUGAACGGCCAACUUGAUAACAGCUUCUCCGUUCCCCACUUCUUUGCACGUUGGGC